CAAACCUGCUGGCAGUUGUCGCUAUUGUGGCAUCUGCGUCCUGACAAAUGGCCUAUAGAACUGGUACUACCUGUGACUUCAUGUCCAUCAACGUGAACGAAGAAGUAAUUUCCAGGCUUAUCGCUAGGCUUCCUGAGAGCAUGGAGUCUGGUCCUCAGGGUUACCACGCAGUGCUCCCUGGUUUAGAAGUCGGCGGGCUUACGUCUGAAGGUCUAAAGAAACUGCACCAGUUCGGGCCCGUAAUUCCUUACUGCAGCAACGGAACACGCAUGGUGCAAGUGGACAUGUAUACCGACGGCGAGGUGCAUUUCUGGUCGCCAUGGAAAGCAUGCUCGGGCCAUGAAGGACGCAUCAUAAUUCGUUCCAUGUUCGGGCGGUUCACAUUCCUGUUUCGUGUGGUCGAGUCUACUGCUGCAGGCGUCGAGCUGGAACUGCAUCGCUUAUUGCCCGUUACUACGCAGGAUGUUUUCAUUGAUGUCGAAUGGGCUGGACAUGCUGUACGCGGUCCGCUAGAAAUAUUAAGGUAUCUGCUACCGAGCUUUGCAGAAGAAGUGUGGGGCCAGCAAUUCUUUCGCACCGUCAACAAGGCCUUCCAUAUGAUCAGAGAAUGAAAUAUGCCCACUUAAAGGUAUCAAUGUCGGAACAUGAAGAUAUCAAUGAAGUGCCUAACGAACACAAGGUAACUUUCUUUUCAUUGUCACAAAAAAUUGAAGAAAA